AAUUUUUGUCAAUCAUCCGCUUCAACCAAUAGUGGCGUGUGUUACUUUGAUGUCGUUCUGUAAGUAAUGCGCAUGCGUGAACACCAACAGCGUUUUGUAGCAAAACGAGAGCUCACGCGUGAAAGGCCAUGGAUCCCCAGAAAGACAUUCAGCCUCCCAAACAACAGCCAAUGAUCUACAUUUGUGGAGAGUGUCACACAGAAAAUGAGAUCAAAGCUAGAGACCCCAUCAGAUGCAGAGAAUGUGGUUACAGGAUCAUGUACAAGAAAAGGACCAAAAGAUUGGUCGUAUUUGAUGCCCGAUGAGAUGCAUCCUGCUGUUUUUCCUAAUAUAAUUAGCUUUUUUAAUGUUGGAUUGUGUAAAUACAUGUAUACAAUUUGAAUAGGCAGUAAUCAAAAUUGAGUAAAAAACAAUUUACCAAAACAAAAAA